AUGGCCUCUCAGAUGGAUCAGAAACUGUCUCAUUUGUGGAGAUCUACACUCAGGAGAACCACAACUAAAUCCAGAAAGAUGGAAGAGCUAAAGAAGAUUUGCAAGUCUUCUGAUGAGCAUAUUUGUCAUGUAUAUCAUCUGCUGAUGACACAGCUAAAUCAAGAACAUGCUGAGAUACGUCUUUCAGCAUUUCAGAUUGUGGAUGAACUCUUCACUCGUUCACAUCAGUUUAGGACUUUAAUUAUUUCAAACUUCCAAGAAUUAUUGGAGCUCACAGUGGAAACAGACUAUGAUCAACCUCUUCCCCCACCAAAUGAAGUAGCACAAAAGCUUAAAACCCUUGCCAUUAAGUCUGUCCAAAAGUGGCAUGAGCAAUAUGGAGAGGCCUACAAGAAGCUUUCAUUGGGAUACUAUUUCUUAAAACAAAACAAGAAGGUGGAUUUUCAAAAUAUAAGCGCCAGAACUCUAGCUGAAAGGAAGAGAGAUGAGGAGAAACAAAAACGUUUGGAUAGCAUUUACAAAGAUAAGGCUAAGAAAGCAGAGAAGGAAAUGGAAGAUAUGUCCCAAGAAAUCCAAACUGUGAUGAUGGAGAUGGAGAAUUGUUUCCAGCUGCUAAUUCCAGAUCCCUUUGACUUCACGGUGAAUGACACUGAAACAGUUGAUUGGAGGACAGCCAGAUUGGACAAAACUAUUUCUUCAUCUGUGGAAAUGGCAAAUCAACAGACCCCUUUCCUUCAAGAUGAUGAGCAGCCUUGUUGCAGCAAAGACAUUCCACCUAUUUGUCUGGUUCCAAAUGCUGAUAGCAGAGAUUUGAAUAGGAAAGUGCAAGACUGUGUAGGCACUGAAGAUUGCCUGGAGUCUGAACUGGCUUCUGUUCCUGCUGGUGAAGAUAGUGAUCAUACAACCUUUGUCCGGAGUCAUGGUCUUGGUUCUCAUAAAUACAGGCUUAGCCUUGAAAUAUCUACAGAUAUGAAACUGCAUGAGAAUGAAGACAAUGCAGACAUAAUAAAUAGUGUUGCAGAUUCUUGUAAGCUCAUCCAAAAUAAAUUCUUGCCUUCUGUACAGUCUUGGAUCCAGUUGUUCACAAGGGCUGGAAUAAGUGAUGAUCAUCUAAGACAAGCCAUUGAUCUCAAGAACAAGUUGGAGACUGCUAUGAAAAAAUAUAAGGAAAUGAAUAUUAAUUUUAAAGAGAGGAAGAGGAAAGUGAUGAAAGCUACAGAUGAGGAGGAAGAGGAAGAGGAAGAAGAUGAUGAGUUCAUAGAAGUGCCUGAGAAGGAGGGUUAUGAGCCUCACAUUCCAGAUCACCUUCGUAAGGAAUAUGGUCUGGAGCCUGUGAUUUCACCAAAUAACUCUGGAGUUGGGACAGUAAGAAAAACAUCAGUCAUGACACAUCAAUCUCGAUCUAAAAGAAAUGAUGAAGAAUUGGAUCCAACCUGUGCAGCUGCAACAUGGAAAAUUAUCCAGGAAAAACUACCUAAAUUGCAAUCUACAGAUGACAGAUAUUCUGAACCUGCAACCUUAAAGGAGCCUGACAAAAAACAUGAAGAAGAGAAAGCCAAGGCUCCUCUUGUGCCUUUUGGGAUAGACCUCUUCUACUGGGGCCAAGAACAACCAGAAUCGUCUGGCAAGAUUCUGAAAUUUUCUUCUGAGCAUCGCUUUUGGGCACCCAGUGAAGUGGAAGAAGAAGUAGAAAAUGAAGAAGUUGCAGAGAUGCUGAAAAGCAGAUACAUAACAUUUGCUGGCAAGUUUGAACCAGUGAAACACAAAUGCAGGGCACCAAUGCCUAAUGGAGGACUCUGUGAAAGGCAGGAUAGAUUUAAGUGCCCUUUUCAUGGGAAAAUAAUCCCUCGUGAUGAAUGUGGAAUUCCUGUUAAUCAAGAGGACAGAGACAGGGAAGCAAAGAAACAAUUUGAAGAAAAAGAAAAACAGCCAGAAUGGCAAGAUCCAGAAUUUAUGAGAGAAAUUGAAGCAGCUGCUGGAGUUGAUCUGGGGUCUACUCGGUAUAGUGGAAAAGGGAAAAGAGGAAAAAACAAAGGGAAGAAAAAGAAAUACCCAAACUUGGUAGACCUAAAGCAACAGGCAAAUACUUGUCGUUCCCGCCUGGAGAAGAAAGUUUUCAAUAAAGCAGCAAGGAAGCGGGUGGUGAAAGCAAUGAAUCAAAUGGAUCAAAGAAAGCAUGAAAAGUUUGCAAACCAGUUUAACUAUGCAUUGAAUUGACUAUCUUAAAUGGAAAAACUGCGGGGGGGGGGGGGGGGGAACCACAAAGCGGUGCUGCAAAUCUUAAAGCUCUAUAGACAAAAUGUUUUAUUGAAAUAUUAAUUACUCUAGAUUUAUUUAAUAUAAUAUUUGCUACAUGGAUUUUUAUAAAUGAAUUAUACAUGUGAUUCUGUGUAUGUACACACUGAAAAACUGCCUAGGCUUUGUAUUAAAUAUGACUCUUAUAUAUUCCAAAA